AUGAAAACUCCUCACUCGUCCUCGGGUUCACAUGAUGACUUCAGACCUGUUGCUGGCUCUCCACAUGUCCUCGAUCUGACGAUGGUUACCUGUUUCAACUCUACCAGCUCCAACUCGACCGUGAGCUCGGAUGCGGCUCCUUUCCCCGGGAUCACGAUGGUUAUCCUGGCGAUCCUGAUGACGAUCCUGGUGGUCGUGGUGGUCGGCGGGAACGCGUUGGUUAUUCUCGCUUUCAUCGUGGACAAGAGCCUCAGAAAUCAAUGCAAUUACUUCUUCCUUAAUUUGGCUAUCUCAGAUUUCCUUGUUGGGGCGUUCUGCAUCCCGGUCUACAUGCCCUACAUCUUGACGGGCCGGUGGAUGCUGGGUCGAGGACUCUGUAAGCUGUGGCUCGUGAUGGACUACCUGUUGUGCACAGCGUCAGUCUUCAAUAUCGUUUUAAUCAGCUACGAUCGAUUCCUGUCCGUUACCAGAGCUGUGAGGUAUCGAGCCCAGCAGGGCGUCACUCGUCUGGCGGUCCUCAAGAUGUUAGCGGUCUGGGUUUCAGCGUUCCUCCUCUACGGUCCGGCGAUUAUAUUCUGGGAGCUUCUGGUCGGAGAAAGCAUCGUUCCCGAAGACGAGUGUUACGCCGAGUUUUACUGCACCUGGUACUUUCUUCUCUCCGCGUCAACAUUCGAGUUCUUCUCUCCUUUCAUAUCCGUGGCCUUCUUCAACUUUAGCAUUUAUCUCAACAUCCAGCGAAGGAACCGGACUCGCAUGGCCAACAUCGAGGUCGAGAAAGAGGACGGUUGGAGAGUCAUAGACGGACAAAACUCUUCUGUGUUCUUCGUUAAAACGCGCAAGGUUUCGUCAAGCGAACCGGCGGCCAUUUCCGCCGUUAUCCGAGACGACAACGACGACGAGGUUUCGCCGUCAUCAAGCGGGGAUCCCAGUAGCACACACUCCGUCUCUUUAACAAUGAAAGCCACUAUUAAGAAACGAGGAUUGUUGAGUCGUUGGGUACGAACGCGGAUAAUACGAGCGCAAGACGCUUCGAACGCAUGUGCACCUGCCAGAAGCGCAGGACAAGCACGUCUCUCCAGAGAUAAGAAGAUUGCCAAGUCAUUAGCAGUUAUAGUGUGUGUUUUUGGGGUGUGUUGGGCACCGUACACACUCCUUAUGAUCAUACGGGCCGCUUGCAGUGGCACUUGUGUGGGACAUCAUUGGUACGAAGUCACUUUUUGGCUUCUUUGGCUAAACUCGGCCAUUAACCCUUUUCUGUACCCACUUUGCCAUAGUAGCUUUCGCCGGGCCUUCGCUAAGAUUUUGUGUCCUAAACGUCAGUCUGUUCGACCACACAAGGAAAGCCCUUCUUGCCAAAGAUAGUCUGA